UAGUAAUAGAUGUAGCAAGGUACAUCUAUUGUAAAGCAGGAAGAAAACUAUGUGCAUGGUGUACGUCGUAAAAUGUCAUAUGUGCUGUAGAAAAUUGAAUGAUAAAUGUCGAUUUGAGAAGACUGACGUCGAAGCAACUUUUAAGAGGGGAAAGCAAUUAAGAAAAUUAUCUUAUAAACAUCGAGGGUUGGAUAUUAUCCGAUAAGAAUGUAUUCAAUACGGGCAAAGUUAGGAUUAUCACUUGGACGUUGUGGCAUUAAGAUGCGGUACAACUUAUUAUCACGUCGCAACGCCAGCAAAGAAGUUGUUGUAGAAUCGAAAUACGAUUUGUAUCGGCUUGAUAAAGGGCCUGAGAAAUCGACAUUAAAUAAAAAAGAUGCUAUAUAUGCACUGAAGACAAUGCACUAUAUACGUCGGAUGGAGAACAAAUCUGCAGAGCUGUACAGAGAGCGGCUCAUUAAUGGCUUCUUACAUUUAUACAUUGGUCAGGAAGCUGUAGCUGUAGGUCUGAGAAUGAGUCUAGCUGAUCAAGAUACUGUUGCUGCAUCAUACAGAUGCCACGCUUUAGCUGUUGUGUUCGAUGUCUCGAGUCGCGCGGUUUUUGCGGAACUCAUGGGUCGUAAGACAGGUGCGGCCAAAGGUAAGGGCGGCUCGAUGCAUAUGUAUGCCCCGCGGUUCUACGGUGGCGAGGGUAUCGUCGGCGGACAGGUACCUAUCGGCACCGGUAUGGCUUUGGCCCACAAGUACAAUGGCACAGGUGGCGUAGCCUUUACGUUGUAUGGCGACGGUGCAGCUUCGCAGGGUCAAAUUUAUGAAGCUUGGAACAUGGCGAAGCUCUGGAAUCUACCGGCAGUCUACAUCUGCGAAAAUAAUAAAUAUGGUAUGGGUACGGCCGUGCAUCGACAUUCCGCCAACACUCGGCUUUAUACGCGCGGAGAUCUCAUACCAGGAAUAAGAGUUGAUGGGAUGAAACUCAUGGAUGUACGAGAAGCUGUACGCUUUAGCAGAGAGUAUGCACUCAGAAACGGCCCGAUUGUGCUGGAGAUGAUGACUUAUCGCUUUUAUGGACACAGUAUCAGCGAUCCUGGUCUUUCGUAUCGCAGUAGAGAAGAGAUUAAAACUAUGCAAACCGAGCAAGACCCAAUCAUGUUACUUACCAAACUCGUCAUAGAGAAAGGCCUUAUGACCGAAAAAGAAAUCGAAGACAUACGAACAUCAACUUAUAAAGAAGUCGAUGAGCAAGCGGAGCAAGCCAAGGCCGAUGCGUGGCCAGAAAUGUCGGAACUCGCGACCGACGUUUAUGCCAAACCAUUAGAAAAAGUUCGCGGUAAAUCCCCUUGGGAAUUACUCUGAAAGAAAGGCGACAUAAAGGGUUAUCAAUUAUUCUGUGAUUUCUUAUACUUUCGUAAGAUUUAAAUUACUCAUGUUUGAUAUGACUAUGUAUGUACUUAUUUUGCUAAUAAUAUUUCACGUGUAG